CCUUGUCGGGGCCAGGCGGGAGGGCGCACGGCCUCUAGCGAGAGGACGCAAACCACGGCCCAGGCUCUCACAGACCUUUGGCUAUCUGGACACAGAGCGGCCUCCUCCUGUGAGGCCCUGGACUUCCCCGAUUCGAUUUUGGAAAGUGAAUCGUUUUCCCCUUCCUUUCAUCAGCUUAACCUGGAAGGAGACAGCGUUAAUAUGGAGGGUGGCUCCUGAGGGUUUGGAAAGAAAGAAGAGAAUUGUGGAAACCACACAGGUAGCCCAGUGUGCUCACCUGGAGACUGAGGAGUUAACAUUCGGCUUCCUGUUUAAACCAAAGUCUAACUGUGCCCUUUAUCAGAAAAGACAGCUGCUGUACCAUUCGACCACAGGCAGCAAAGGACAGAACUUGAUCAACUAAAACAUCAUAACCUUCAAGGGCCUAUAGGACCCUUCUAGAAUUUUCUGAAUCAGGAACGGCCCAUGUUGUGGCCUGUGUAGUCAGGUGUAUAUUAAAGAUUUACUCCAGGUAGAUGGGUUUUGCUUUCCAAAAUUAUUGUAGGGUUCUCAGCCACAAAGAUAAAAAGAAAUCUUGAACUGCAAUUGAAAUAAAACAUGGAGCCCCCAAAUCCCUAGCUGCCAUAUGAUUUGAAUCAGUUGGAGAAUGUAAAAUCAUUGCCAUGGUGUGAUGUAACAGGAGUGAAGAGCCCUAGGUCUUGGUUCUGUUGCUGUCUGGCUGUGUGAGCCUAGGCAGCUCAUGUACCCCCUCUGAGUCUUGGAUCAGAUGAGGGAGGCCUAAUCCCUAUGAUGUAUAGCUUGUGAUAUUCAUGUACUCAGUAAUUAUUGAGCUCAAUCCUUACUCUAUGUCAUUGUCAUAUAGCGAACAGGACAGAUAAAAUCCCUGCCCUCAAAGGAUUUACAUUCUGGUAUGGGAGACAGAGUAAAUGAAUAUAUGUAGUGUGUGCGUUGGUGAUAGAUGCUCUGGAGUAAGUGGAACAAAGAGUGCCAGGCAGAGUGGUCAGGGAAGGCUCCUCUGGGGCAGUGGCGUUUCAGCAAAGACCUGCAAGACUUGAGGAAUCUGCCAUGUGGAUAGCUGAGGAAAGGGCAGGAGAGGCAGAGGGAAUGGCAGGUGCAAAGGUUCUGAGGCUUAGCUUCUUUUUGUUUUGUUUUGUUUUGUUUUGUUUUGUUUUGUUUGGUUUUGUUUUGUUUGAGGCGGAGCUUCACUCCUGUUGCCCAGGCUGGAGUGCAGUGGUGCAAUCUUGGCUCACUGCAACCUCCUCCUCCCGGGUUCAAGCAAUUCUCCUGCCUCAGGCUCCUAAGUAGCUGGGAUUAUAGGCGCCCACCACCAUGCACAGCUAAUUUUUUGUAUUUUUAGUAGAGACGGGGUUUCAUCAUGUUGGCGAGGCUGGUCUCAAACUCCUGACCUCAGAUGAUCCAUGCGUCUCAGCCUCCCAAAGUGCAGGGAUUACAGGCGUGAGCCACCACGCCCAGCUAAGGCUUGGCUUCUUUAAGGAGCAGGAAGGAACCCAUUGUGGCUGAGUGAGGGGAAGCAUGAUGGGAGAUGAAGUCAGAAACAAUGCAGGUAAAGAGAAUGUGGUCAUAUGCUGGCAAUAUUUUGAAGGUAGAGUCAGAAAGAUGUGUUUGUGGACUGGAUGUUGGGUGUAAGAAGACGAGAGAGAAGUCAAGGAUGAUUCAAGAUUUUAGGCCUGGGUAAUUGGAAGGAGGGAGUUGCCACAAACUGAUUUGGGGAAGCAGUAGAUAGAGCAGAUUUGGAAGACAACCUCAGAAGCUCAGUGUGGGAUAUGGUGACUUGGACGAGCCAACUGGUCGUCAAGUGGAUGGUGGUUGGAUGUCCAAGUCUGAAGUUCAGGGGAGAGGGACUUUAGAUCUAACUGUGGGAAUCACUGUUGUGUGGGUGUACUUAAAGAUCUAAGGUGUUGAGAUCACCAAAGGAGUGCAUGUAGAUAAAGAAGCUGGCCAAGAACUGAACCCUGAGGACUUUCAGUGGCGCAGGGUCAGGGAGAUGUGUUCAAUGUUAUAGACUAGCUGAGUAAUAAAAAGACUGGGACUUGAUUAUAUUCAUCAUUGGAUGUAGCAACAUCAAGUUCUUUAGUGACUUUGUGAACCCCUAUUGGAGCCCUACAGGAUUUUUUAAUUAUACUCCAUAGCAUUUAGAAAAAUAUUUAUCACAGCCUAAUGGCUGAAGAGAACAAUAGUCUCAAAACAGAAAGGCUCCAUUUAGAACACUGUUAAAACACCGUGACCUCAAGCACUACGUUUGUUACUGUCUUCCCCCACCUGAAUGUAAAGGAUUAUUUUCCUUUUUGUUUACUGAUACAUGUGUCUAGAACAGUUCCUGGCAUUUCGUAGAUACUAAAUACUUGUUGACUUAAUGAAUGGAUGGAUGGAUGGAAGAUGGCAGGCAUCUGAGUGGGUGGCAGAGUUAAUUUUCUUUAUAUUUUCACAAUCUUAGUGAAGCCACCCUUAACAUCUCCUUCCAGGUUUCCUUCCCUUUGCUGAUGAAACAAGCUCAGACCUUUUGAAUAUCUUUCUCAUUGAUGCUGCAUCCCUUCCUUCUCCCCCAUUGGUCUGUGUUGUCUUUUUAAGUCCCUUGUCCCUGAUUUAGACCAACCCACUGGGAGACAUAUGGACCCCAAAUCUUGAUUUGUAAUCCUGGGUCUGACCAGUAUUUUUGGGCCCAGCACUGUGCCUUAUUUCUGCCAGGGUCUUUGGUGCAUAUUCAAGAGUCCAGGUGUUCUCUGGUUUAGACAGACAGUGGUUUUUCUUUUCCCAUCUUCUUCCUGACAGUCUACACCCACAUCUCUUUACCUCUGCUUUCAAAUUAUGAGUGCUGGCUGGCAUGUUCAUUCAUGGCUAAUCUAACUUGUUUUUUUGUUUUUUGUUUUUUGUUUUUUUUUUUUUUGAGACAGACUCUCACUCUGUCGCCCAGGCUGGAGUACAGUGGCGUGAUCUCAGCUCACUGCAACCUCUGCCUCCUGAGUUCAAGCGAUUGUCAUGCCUCAGUCUCCGGAGUAACUGGGGUUACAGGCGUGCACCACCACACCCAGCUAAGUUUUGUAUUUUUAGUUGAGACGGGGUUUUGCUAUGUUGGCCGAGCUAGUCCCGAACUCCUGGCCUCAAGUGAUCCGCCUGCCUCAGCCUCCCAAAGUGCUGGGAUUAUAGGCAUGAGCCACGGGGCCCAACCUAACUUGGUCUUAAGUGUGAUUUCUGCUAUGCACACUUCUGGCUUCACCAGCCAUGGAGUUUGGCCGGGAUGGUCUAUUCAUCCGUAGGCUGCAUGUCUCCCUGCGCAGCCUUCAAUAGAAUGAACUAAUGGGAAAGGUUUCACUGCUCUCGCAACCUUUGGUUACAUCCAGGAGCAGAUCUCAGUUUGGUACAACUGUGUAUAACACCUCUCUGACAGCUUUUUAGUGAAAGAAAGAGGACCUUUGUUAGGCAACAGUAUCCAGCUAGAAUUUAAUCACAUUGUUCUGUUUUCAUUAUAUACAGCUUUUCAGGUACCUUCUAUUCAAGGCAAGUGAUGAUAGCUUCUUGUGCAAGGGAAUGAAAGAAAGUUUCCUUCUUUAACACACUUAUUUAAUUUUUAAAAGUGAAGCAAUUAAAUAAAAACAUCAAAAUGUUGAGGUGAUAUGUAAAAUUUAAGAGGGCAUGAUAAAAUAGUAUGGGAAUAGGUAAAAAUUAGGAAGAUGGUGCUUAAAUAAUUGGCAUUUGGGCAACACUUUAAACAUUGAAAGCGAGAAAGCACUUUAUGGGUCAUUGCUGGCCUCCACCCCUACCUACCCUAUGUACUAGACUGUUUAGGAUGGCUGAGGCCAUGUGUCAGUGAGCUUACCAUUACAUCCUGGGAACUGGUAGGUGUUCAAUAAAGAAAUGAAAUGUAGGUGGAUGGAUACAUCAUGUGGCUCAGAUCCCUUGUUUUGCAGAUCCACCGUGGGCGCCCUGCUGGCAUCUGAGCUGGGAUGGAAAUUCUAUGAUGCUGAUGAUUAUCACCCGGAGGAAAAUCGAAGGAAGAUGGGAAAAGGCAUACCGCUCAAUGACCAGGACCGGAUUCCAUGGCUUUGUAACUUGCAUGACAUUUUACUAAGAGAUGUAGCCUCGGGACAGCAUGUGGUUCUAGCCUGUUCAGCCCUGAAGAAAAUGUACAGAGACAUAUUAACACGAGGAAAAGAUGGUGUAGCUCUGAAGUGUGAGGAGUCGGGAAAGGAAGCAAAGCAGGCUGAGAUGCAGCUCCUGGUGGUCCAUCUGAGCGGGUCGUUUGAGGUCAUCUCUGGACGCUUACUCAAAAGAGAGGGACAUUUUAUGCCCCCUGAAUUACUGCAGUCCCAGUUUGAGAUUCUGGAGCCCCCAGCAGCUCCAGAAAACUUUAUCCAAAUAAGUGUGGACAAAAAUGUUUCAGAGAUAAUUGCUACAAUUAUGGAAACCCUAAAAAUGAAAUGAGAAUCAUUUUGUAUCAGUGGUCCAAACAGAACUAAGCAUAAAUCAUUGUGCCAUCCCAAACCUCGUUCCAGCCGCCUUGCCCAUACUAGAUUCUAAAUGUUUCUAAAGGCAAACCCCAAUGUGUCAAGACAGACUUGUUUAGGUGUAAUUUUAGGAAUUAUGCUGGUUCAUCGGGAAGCAGAGGGGGAGUUUUAAAAGUCAAGCUUAAAUUGAAGUUUAAAUUCAUCUGUAACCAAAUCAAAUGAUCAGAGGAAAUUCUGUAAUCGAUGCUGGAAAUCGUUACAUUGUUUAGAACAUUCUUGCUCAUGCCCGUAUUUGCACAAAUAAAUGAAACUUGGCUGUC